AUGGACCGCUCGAAUAAGCCGUCCCCAAUAACGGCAUCGGGCACAGGCCCACAGCCCAGCGUGCGUGUAGAGAACGGGCGAGCAAAUGCACGUCUUCCUACCGGCGACUCGGUUGAUGUGCUGCUAUACGGCGCGACGGUCGUGAGCUGGAAGAGCAAUGGCAAGGAGAACUUGUGGGUGAGCGAGGCCGCGAAGCUGGAUGGUAGCAAGCCGGUGAGGGGAGGGAUACCUGUGGUGUUUCCGUGCUUUGGCCCGCCUCCAAAGGACCACGCUACGGGAAAGCUUCCUCAACACGGCUUCGGACGAAACUCGAACUGGGAGUACCUGGGCUCUUCGUCGUCUGAGUCUGGGUCACUAGCAAGAGGAGGUGAUGACUCGAUCAAGCUUGACUUUGGGCUCUCGCACGCGCAGCUCAGCGAAGAGGCGAAGAAGCAGUGGCCAUAUGCGUUUGGACUGGUCUACUCAGUGACUUUGGGCAAGGACGGGCUACAGACAAUGCUCAAUGUCACGAACCAAGGCAAGGAGAUGUUUGAGUUCCAGAUGCUGCUGCAUAGCUACUUCAGAGUGGAUGACGUCACACGCUGCUCCGUCAACGGCCUCGGCAGCACCACCUACAUCGACAAAGUCCUUGACGCCAAAGAGCACCAGCAAUCUACCCCCGAGCUCCGCAUCACCGGCGAAGUCGACCGCGUCUACAAGUCCAUCAAGCAGGACACCACCUCUAUCGUGCAGGACGGCAAGUCGCGGCUCGAUGUCCAGCGAGAUCGCCUCGUGGACAGCGUGGUGUGGAACCCGUGGAUCGAGAAGGCGAAGGGGAUGGGUGACUUCGAGCCCAAGGAUGGGUACAAGAAUAUGGUGUGUGUAGAGGUGGGUGCGGUGGAUGGGUGGCAGAAGCUGGAGCCCGGCGAGACGUUCGAGGGCGGGCAGAUCCUGAAGAGCCAUCUUUGA